UGUUUCGCAUCUCUAGUACGCACAUGUUUUAAGAAAUGUUUCGAGCCGGUGAUAUAUUCAAAACAAUUGUUCACGCAAAACAAGAGGAUCGAAAUGUCUACCUUAAUAUUGCUGAUCAAAAUCUUCAUGGAGCCAGCACUGAGUCGCAGGCACAAUCAAUCACUGCCCUUCUGUAUAAAACGAAUAGUCGAUCCAUCGGCUUACGAUUCCUUAUUAAAUAUCUAAAUCAAUGCCCAAGUCACAUUUUGAAGGAUAAGGGAAAUGUCUGGUUAACUAUUAUAAUUAGAACCUGUAAUAGUAAGGAAAUUGGGUUAUAUGGAGAACUAAUCUAUGAAGCUUUGGCAUUACUUGUAAUACAAAUACAAGUAGUACCUGAAACUGCGAAAUGGUUUGGGUCGAAUGGCUUAGGAAAAGUUUAUGAAAGCCUUUCGUUUCUGAAUAAUAAGACAACCAUGUGCGUUACGAUUGCAUCACUAAAAGCCGUAAAGCAAUGUUUAAAGUAUUACCCCGGACCCAGUAAGUCAGGAAAGCUUGCAGUCUCGCGAUAUCUUCUAACAAUAGUGGACAGCCGCGAACCCGAAAUUGUCUAUGAAAGCGGAAACUGUUGGUUACAAUUGCAACAAGUACGUGGGAACUCGACCAACGCUAACCAUAGCAACGAUAAAGUUCAAUGGCACGAAUACCAACUCGGCUUGCUAUGUAAUCUUAACGAACUAUUGAAUGAUGCGUUUCCAAAAUAUAAAGAAAAUACCAAGGACUUUGAGAACCAUAAAUUGCAACAUUUUCAUUUGGAAUUACAAGGAGAUCCAAUUGAAAGAGCAGCUCAAGUUUGCACACGAUUCUGCAAUCUCACCGAGUUCCUUAAAAUUGCGUUAAGCCAACCGUAUCCUUCAAAAAAACUGAUUUGUAUAAAGAGAAUUUUGGAUCUUAUUCAACAUGGCUUGGCAGUGAACUAUGGAAAUUGUGAAAGUAUUGACAGUAUGUGCUUUGAGAAUCUUCUACCUCAUAUGCAUACUAAACUAUUGGAGCUUCUGGAAGUUUUAAUCAACAUCUGUCACACUCACCUCAGGCCGCAUUUUCGAUUGAUGUCUAGCAUUGUAUUGGACUCGUUACAAAAAACAAUGUGGUCAACGCCUGAAGGACUUUCGGUCCAGUUAUUUAAUUUACGAAUUCAGGCUUACAAAGCAGCAACAUCAUGGCUAACUACUUUUGCUGAGGGAAGCGGGUGCGACCUAAUUGCUGAACGCCUUGUAAAAAUUGUACUCGAAGAUGUGAUAAUCCGUCGGAGAGACAUAUAUUUGGUGUCUGCUACUCAAUCAAAAAAUAAAUCUAAGAGGAAACAUACUGCAAUGUCAGAAGCAUCGGAAUCACCGUUUCAAAGAGAACUCUUAAUUAAUAAAAAUAAGGAACUUCUUUGUAAGCAAGCAUUAAAAUGUCUGCAAAAGAUUUUGAAUUCCGUUGGUUUACUCUUGAAACCACAACUUUUAAGGAAUAUAUUGAGCACAAUAUUGGAAAACAGUACUCAGAUAUAUGAGAAGCGUGCGUGGAAGGAAUCCGUUUACAACGAGUGGACCUGUCGCCUUGAGCUGUACAAAACUUUAUUUACAUUUAUAAAAUUGAGAAAUAUACCUUGCCCUCCUCCGUCGGAGACUCUUUUGUACAUACUUGAAGAAUCUAGCAAAAAAGACCCAAACUCUGACAUACGAAUUCGUUGUAAAAAUAUGAUCGCUUCAGUUGAAAAAAUAUUACAUCCUCAAAGGGAGAGUUUAAUUUUUAAGAAAGACGAUCAACAGAGAACAUCGACAUUACAAUUGAAUGGAAAUACAAAUUAUGAAAGCGCAUCUGACAUCCAAGAAUUUACUAAUAAUAAUGAAAACACGCAACUAACGGAGGCUGUGCGUUCCACUACCAUUCUUCCCACAGACAAUUUAAGUAAAGAAAUGCCAAGUGCCCCUGUAUCAAAAAGAAUUCGUACGUCCUCGGAAAGUAAAGAUAUUACAAAAAAUAAAAAAGUUGUUAAAGAAGAGGUCUUGGGAAGUCCAGCAAGUAAUAAUCGUGUAAUUCUGCCAAAAGCUGAUGUAAAAGAUCUUCAUGAAAAGAAUGUGGAGGCUCCACGAAUCAAUAGUCCUCUACUCACCCAAAAUAUCUGUUCAAAGGAGUCUACAAAAGAAUCGAGCGAUACUAAGCAUAGCACACCGGAAAGUGUUUCUACUGAAUCAAAACCUAGUAACAGUGAGGACGAUGAUUACAUUGCUGAGUUGCAGGCUGCUUUUGUCGAUGAGUUGAAGUAA